UCUCCUCUCAUCUUUGUGUUUCCUGGUUUGAGCUGCAGAGUCGUAGAGAUCCAGGAAGAGGAAGAGGAUGUUUUCAGUGAGUGUCAAACUGCUGCUGGUCUCAUUUGAUCCAGCUGCAGGAUGGAGGGAACAUCUGUCCACAGGCUGCUGGCUCUGAUCUUUCUGCUGAGCCGCUCAACAAACCAAGUUCAUCUGACUGUGGAUCCCAGCAGAUCUCAGUUCUUCAGAGGAGAAUCAGUGACUCUGAUCUGUGAGGAUGAAAACAGACCUGAUGGAUGGACUGUGAGGAGAAACACAAGCAGAGGACCCAUGAAGCAAUGUGGAGAUGAAUUUGGGCAUUUUGCUGGUUUUACCUGCAGCAUCAACUCCUUGCAUCCAUAUGAUACUGGUAUGUACUGGUGUGAGUCCAGGUCUGGAUCCUCCAGCAGCAGCAGCAGCAGCAGCAGCAGCAGCAGCAUCCAGCUCUCUGUCUCUGGUGGAUCAGUGAUCCUGCAGAGUCCUGUCCUCCCUGUGAUGGAGGGAGAUGACGUCACUCUGAGCUGCAGAGCAAGGAAUCCAACCCACAACCUCCCAGCUGCUUUCUAUAAAGAUGGCUCCUUCAUUGGUGAUGGAUCAUCAGGUCACAUGACCCUCCUCCAUGUUUCCAGCUCUGAUGAAGGCCUCUAUAAAUGUAACAUCAGAGGUCAUGGAGAGUCUCCAUCCAGCAGGAUCUCUGUCAAAGGAAAACAUCCAACCACCGUCUCCCUCCACAGCAGACUGGUCUGCCACCUGCUGGUGGUUUGUCCGUACUUCAUCUCCACUCUCCUCAUGCUGUCUUUAUUUCGCCAGAGAACCAAAGCAAACGACCCACCUGUGUCAGAGGAAAUGACCUCAUCCUUCCACGCUGGGCAGGGAUUGGACGAUCUGUAUGAAAACGUCAUCACUGCAGUGACCACACAGCAUCACUUCUGACAUAAACUGGUUUCCAAACAGACAGCAGAA